AAAAUAUUGGGAAAGAGAGUGUAGAUUGUCACAUUGGAAGUGAGUUGGUAAAGAAAAAACAUUGGCUUCUUCGGAAAUGAGUGUCUGCUUAGUCCCAAAUUUAUCGUUCUCUUGUUCAUCCACUGUGAUUCCUUUUCUCACCAACUCAACUACUUCGAACCCAUCACUCAUUUCAAUCACAACUCCUUCUUGUCUUCGUCUUCCUCGAUUUUCUCGCCUUUUCACAGUUGCUACCGCAGUGGGACCAUCGGCCAUGGAAGCCGCCUCCGCCGAGCAUAGUGGGGCCGCCGAUAACCAAAGUGGCUCAACUCCAUUGAUGAAGCUCCUCUUCGUCGAGAUGGGUGUUGGCUACGAUCAACACGGCCAAAAUAUCACGUCGGCUGCAAUGCGUGCUUGUAGAGAUGCCAUUUCUUCCAAUUCGAUCCCUGCUUUUCGAAGAGGGUCCAUACCUGGUGUUUCAUUUGAUCAAAUGAAAUUACAGAUCAAGCUGGGAGUGCCUCAUCCUCUUCAACAAUCUCUGGAUAUUGAAAAAGUGAAAUCAGUUUUUCCUUAUGGUAAGAUACUGAAUGUUGAAGUUGUGGAUGGUGGACUGAUAUGCUCAAGUGGUGUGCAUGUUGAGGAAAUGGGAGAUAAGAAUGAUGACUGUUACAUAGUAAAUGCAGCAGUUUAUGUUGGUUACUAGCUACUUGUUUUCUCUAAAAUACUGAAUAACCAGGUUUUGUUAUCUAGUAAAUUCAAAAUUGAAAAAAUAAUGAAAAGAAAACAAAAAAAGUCAAGGUUUGAAAAAUGCUAUAAAAGUACCUUCCCAUCAAAAUUUUCACCAUAAAAUUAUGACUUGUGUUUUGAAAAAUUCAAAGAAAAACCAUGAAGUUCCUAAUUAUGCAAAAUGCAUAGUGAUUGACCCCUAGUGUUCUUAUUAUCUUGAUUUGGAACUGUGAUAUUUCGUAGCUAGACUGUGAAAUUCUCAGGGUACUUUAUUGUAUUUAUUUUUUAACCUGAUA